GUGUUUGGACGCUGGCUAACAGCGGGGCCUGAAUGAGAACGCGGAAGAGUGGGAGUGGGACGAGUCAGCCUACCAUCCUUUGUUUACCAUCAUAUGAGAACAUUGAAUGUGGUUGCUAAAACAUAUGUUGCGUCUUAAUUUGGGUUGUUAGACGUGAACAACAGAGAGAUAGCUAACCUAGUGUUUGCGACAAAAUAUAAUAAAGCUGAAUCUGUCCCGUGCUGUGCCAAGUCGAGCCUGAAGAGGGCGAUGUCUGACAACAGCAGCAGCUCAGGCAGCAGUGGCUCCUCCACCAACAGCUGGACCCUCCUUUCCCCCGAGGAAGCUGCUGUUGAGAAUGUCGGGCCGGUGGACGACGGCACAGAGAGCCUGGGCGACGUCCCCAGUCUCUCUGAGGAGGUGGCAGGAGCUGCUGCGGAGUUCAAACCCAGUGACAUUCCAGUAGAAACUGUCUUGUCUGAAGAAGGCCAUCAGGUGUGUCAAGAGACCUCUCCAGAGUCCAGUGAGGGUCCCGUCCCUUCCAGUCCAUCCCGGAUGAGUCCCCUUCCACCCAACCCCCUUGACCCUCCAGACCUAGAUCUGGAGAGUCAGCCUCCUGUCAUCCAUGAUAUUGUAACUAGUUCACCCAGUGACAGUGAGCUUCUUGGUGCCACACCCUUUGUCACCAACAUUGAUCUGGGGGCUCCAUUCGAUAUCCCCGUGCCUGACUUCCCCCCAGCUGAGCCUGAGGAGUUCAGCUCUGCUGCUCUCAUGACUGAGAUCCCUGUCUCUGCUGAGCCAGUGCUUGACACGCCUGCUGAUAUCGGGGCGAGCCUUUCUGAGGAGAGUCCUGUAUUCACUGCUGAACCUGAGGUUAACAUCCCCACGGAGACGCUUACAGCCGCUGAUCCUCCCUCUCAUGUUGAAGCUGAUGUCAGCCUCGUUCAUGAGAGUACAGAGCCACCAAGCCCAGUCCCAGAGAGCCUGGUGACAGAAGGCCCCAUCGCUGAUAGUCCUGCACCAGAGACUGUCGGUUCAGCUGAGGCUGUGGAGGAGGAGACGGAGCCAUCACAGACAGUGACCCAGUAUGAGCGAGAAGAAGAACAAGAAGAGCCAUCCAGUAGUUUUGACUUGGGUGACACAAGCAGCUAUGAUGAGGGACUGAGGAGGAGAAAUGUGCCCUCCUUUGAGGCACCAAGACCAAGAACAUCAGAUGAGGAAGAUGAGGAGGAGGAAGUGGAAUUCAAGCUGGCUGAGAAGAAGGAGGAAAAACCAUGGUUCUCCUUGAACAAAUGUAUCGUGGGUGCUCUGGUCCUGCUCUUCUUAGGUUCCCUUUUCCUCUCAGGUGACUUUGACGCCUCCGAACUGAGUGAUGGAGAACAAAGCCAGGACGGACUUAGCAGUGAUCCACAGGAUAUGAAAGAGCUAUUGGAUAAACUGACACAGGAAAACCAACAAAUCGCUCAGCUAGAGGCUCAACUACAGUCUCAGAAAGAAGAACUCGACUCAGCGCUGAAGGCAGUAGCAGCAAGCGGUGAUGAAAAGCAUAAAGCAGAUCUGGAAAAAGAAAACACAAAGUUGAAGGCGGAGCUGUCAUCUUUGCCUGACCUAAAGAAAGAGCUGGAGAGUCUGAGGGCGAGGGUGACUGAACUCAGCCAACUCACAGCUGAUCAGGAAAUGCCUCCAGCUACCUCAAGCUCAGCCCCUCAGCCUGGUGACAAAGAUGGUCAGAGUAAUCUGAAAUCAGCUGGACCUGAGAGGAGGAAGGAUAAAAAUGAGGGAGGCAGGCUGAAGGAAGAACUCCACAGGCAGAAGGUUCUUUUGGAGGAAAGCAAGAAGAGGCUGCAAGGGAUGAAAAAAGACGGAGGCGACAGGAAGCGAGUCAGGGACAGCUUGGAGGAGAUCCAGAAGAAGCUUUCUGAACAAGUUGAGAGGUGGGGGAAGAAGAAGCCACAGGAGUCCAAAUGGAAAGGGAACAAAGAGCGGGACCACUGGAAGAAAGAGGAGAAGAAGGAGUGGAGAGGUGAGAAAGACUGGAAACCUAGCAAAGAGGGAGGAUGGAGGGACAAAGAAGAGAGGAAGGAGAAGGAUUGGAAGCCUCAAAAGCAAAACACUCACAAAGAGGCAUGGAGGAAACACCAGGAUGAGUGGGAGAGGAAGAAGGAUGAGCGCAGAAUGGACAGGGAGGAGAGGAGGAAGGAGAAACCGUGGCACGGUCGGCCCGGUAAGAAGUCCCACGACCACAAACAUCAGCAGCAGCAUGACCAUCACCAGCACCGCCAGCCUCAUCAGAACAGCAACAAGGACUUCUGGAGAGACCAGGAGCAGAAGCUCAGACGGAACGUCCGCCCCCAGGUGGGCUGCAGCUCUGUGGAGGACUGCGCCGGCAAGGAAGGGCUCUACGCAGUGGAGCUACCUGAGUUCGAGGAGCUUCUGGAGGGCUACCUGAGCAAGCUCGAAGGAUCUUCACCCGAGAGCAAGGACAAGAUCCGAAAGCUGACCGCUGACUUCUUUGAGGACGGGGUGUUUAUCCACGACAGGGUUCUUUUCAGCGACUUUGCCGAGGACGUGGCGGACAUUCUGGAGGACAUGGUGGACGUUUUAGAAGAUGGGCAAAAGGACGACGACUCCCUGGAGGAGGAGAUGGAGGAGUUUGAACGAGAGGCCCUGUGGAAGUUUGCUGCCACAGCCUAAAAAAAAAAAAAGAAACAUAGAGGGGAAAAGAGUAAAAUACAACACAAAGAUACAGCAAAAGUGGUGGUUUUAUAGGACAUUUCUUGCCUACCUUCUCCUCUUCAGAGCUGUAAUUGUAGUAGAAAAAAAAGCUUCUGGUACAGAGUGGUUGUGCCUCUCAUAAACGUGUCCCUCUGAGUCUUUAAUUAUAAGCUAGACUUGUACUUGUCAUUUUGGACUUAGUUGUUGUUACCUACCUCUGUCAGGCCAUGCCUCCUAAUGCAAAGUCCUUCAGUAAUGUGUUGUGUGGAUUUUCCUCUGCUAUAUAGUGCUUUCUCAAUACCUAGUGCAUGUUGCAGUUCAUAAUGUAAACUGAUAAUAUUCAGAUCACACAAAAAGACAUGGUUUUAAGGAGAUGGUAUUUGCAAAUAAUUCUAGGGGGGUUUGGGGUUAAAUCUGUUCAUAUAUGUCAUAUAGUAUUAGGUACGUUGUCAGUGACAGAAAGACAUGUUUAACUGACUUCUUCUGGCAUUUGACUGUCUGUCCAGUGUGUGAAAAAAAACCUGCCCCUUCUCCAAGCAGGUUACGACAAAUGCUGAGAAAUUUUUGCAGAUACCAUUUGCCUCAAGUGGGGCGUAAUUGUCCAAUCCCAGAGGAUCAGAUCCCAGGUCUUUCAGUGAUAAGAAUCAGAUCAGGUCAGACCAGUUUUGCGUCAGCAGCUCUUGAGUAGAUUUGAUCAAACACACACACACAGAGUACUGUUUGAGAGCCCUAAGCGUUGGGUUUGACAGGCUAUUCAGCCUCCAACUCCCAAAUGUCAGUUGACAGCCGAUGUGUGGAAAAACCAGGAACCAGUUCGUGAAAUGCUGCUCAAAAAAAAAAAAAAAAAGCAAUAGGACAAACUAGCGAUAGCCAUAAUUGAAUUGAUAACUGCUAAACCACUUUAGCACUUUUCUCAAACAUUCACAUUUACCUAGCUGAUUUCUUCUCUCACUUUUCAUUUCUAUCAUGUUUUUUUUUUUUUUUAAUUCUACAGUAGUUCUCUUUAAAGAAGUUUUAUAAUGUAGCCAUGGGGACCUCCAACACAUGAGAACAUUCAGAGUGAAAAGUAUAGAGUUUAGUCGCCUAUAGUAAUCCCCUAAGUGUUAAUGGAUUUUUAAAUUCGCCUAAAUGAGAUUGGCAACCAAACCAGUGGGUUUUUUUUUUUUCAUUUCCUCUUAUUUUAUUAGUGGGUUGAUAUAAACCAACAUACACACAAGGAAUUUAGUGGUUAUUUGUUUUUAGAAAAACAAUGAACAUGAGAAAGCUGUUACGUUUCAUUUAGUUUUUCAAGUUUAUGCGUUGAAUGAGCCAGGCAAAAUCCAUAAAGUAUUAUAGAACUGCUUUCUAGUGGUGGCUACUUCUUUGAGACAAAAUAAUUAUUUACCUUUUUUUUUUUGUUUUUAAUUCUUGUCUUAUUUCAGUAAUUGUGAAGUUUUCCCCGUUUAGGUGGAUGUGAAGUUAAAAGCGACAGAUUGUGAUUGUUGGUUCUCAUCUUUCAGCGAUUGAAAGAAGCUUUGAAGUGUUUCAUUAUUUUAUUUAUUCUGUCACGACACUGCAACUUUUCUGUAUUUUUAAUGAGAACCACAGACUUUGUACAUGUCCCAGGCCAUACACGUCAUUGAAUGUGAAAAUGGUGAAGUUAUACAUUAUUUUGGUUUUCAGAAAUUUAGCUUGCCAGCUACUGCUUACGUGCCUUUAUUACUAUAAAUAUGUUCGAUUGGAGAAGAGGUUUUUGAUUUCAUUUGCUUCUGCAAGAUAAAGAAGAAAAGUUUACAAUCCUUGCGAUUUUACUGCUGUUUGUAGGGCAGAGAAUGAAUGUCAUAGGGUUUACACAUAAAGUGUGGAACUGAUUUUUGUUUAACAUUGAUUUCUCUGCUGUUGUACAGAGAAACUUUUUUUUUUUUUUUUUAAAGUUUUUAGACCAAAGUGAUCGGAAGAAAGCUUAAUCUAAACAAAUGAAUCCUCCUUGAAACACAUUUAUGAGAGUUUAACCAACAUUUGGGGGUUUCUUUUGUCUUUGCGGGACUACAGUAUGGCUCUGUGCUUACUGAUGAUUUAGGAACUGGCUCAGAACUGCAUGUAAUUGAUCCCUGGACAAAUGUAUUGAUAAAUUUGCAUCAUUUCUGAUUUCUCCCAUCAUCAAUGAUGUCCUCUUUUAGGAAGUCAGUGUUCAAUACAUUUUUCACCAUUAAA